CGGCGCUCUGCGCUGUGCAUCGCGCUGUGCAGGGCCAAAGAGAGAGCGCCGCUCUCGUGGGGCUGCAUCAUGGGCUAGCUCCUGCGCGCGCACCCCAGAUACUGAACACAAUAGCCAUGCGGCGUCCAAUGGAGCGCGUUGAUUAGGGGGCAGCCGAUACGAUGCCUGCGAAGCCCAUCCCACGCCAGCUACGGGCCAGCGCCCUGGCCUUCGCGGUGCGCUGCUCCGGACGGGACGCUCCACCGGAACCCUCACCGCAGCCAGCGGAAGAGGACGACGCUCUCGCGUACGACGAGUCGGAAGACGAGGCGGACGCGCCCGCGGAGCCCGCGGCGGUCGAGCGGUCGCCGGGCGAGCGAUUCUGGUCACGGGCGCAGUCCCGGCGGCGGCGACGGCGGGGCCGCGACCUUGACGCGGAGGAGGCCGCGCGCCUCGCCGCCCGCGCGCCGCCGCAGCCGCCUUCGUCGCCGGUCGUCGAGCCUUCGGCGUGGGAGCAGCGCCAGGCGCGCGAGAUCAACGCCUUCGUCCGGGCGAAGCACUACGCGCAGCGCCAGCGGGACGCGGAAAUACGCCACGCUGCGGCACGUGCGCGCAAGGCGCCCACGAAACGCCGCGUAGCGAUACGGCUGCCGCCUGCCGGGCAACGCGAGGACAAGCUCCGGGCCGCCGCCACUGCCCGUCAGCAGCAAGAACCCGAGCGCCGCCGGACCGUCACUUGGGACUCGGAGUCCGACGCGGAAAGGAUGCGAACGCUGCGCACGAAGAUUCCGUGGGCGCGCGUUAGCGACGGCGACGACGGGUCGGAGGCAGCGUCGGAGGAGGAGCACGCAGCCGGCUACGCGCCGAGCCGCAUCGCGCUCGAGUUCAGGAGGGAAGAGACGCGCCGCCGACGCCAGAAGGAACUGGCGAGCAUUCGGGCGACGGAGGCCGGGAUUUCCUGCGCAUUGCGGUCGGCGGCGCUGCGUCGCGAAGCCGUCCGUGAGGCGCGCGCGGUGGACCGCCGGCGGAGGGACCAUGCGCUGCCGGCGAUCUUCGCCAAGCCGCAAGAGGUCAACCAUACGGCGUUGUCUCCGCUCGGAAUGAUGCUCGCUAGCGCGUCCGCCGCGCGCGAGCAGCCCGCAGCGCGCGGGCACGCCCCGCGGCAGCCGACCCGCCGGCGGUCGCGGUGGUCGAUGGACUCCCUCGGCGACGAGACGCCUCCGCGGAGGCGUCGGGGCCGCGGGCGGUGCCGCUAGUACUUCGUAGUAAACGUGA